AAGACUACCAUCUAGGCUGCAUAAUUUAAGAUAAUUGUCAAGCUAUAACCAGUAGCCUAGUCUAUAUGCAAAAUGGUCAGAUUUGGGGAAAUUUAAUUAGAUUAGACGCAAAACGGCUGUUGAAAGACAUGAGCUAACUGAAUGUUACCUCUAGAAUGUGAAUGCAAUGGGGGGAUAGUGACGUUUUCCUUGUCAGUCAGCUAUCACUUUCGAAUUUUCAAAGAUCAUCAUCUUUGAUUCCACAUAGCCUUUAACAAACAUUACAAGGCAAAAUAAAAUAUAAGAUAUUUAUAUAAGAUAAAAUAUAAGCUCAGCACACACCUUAAGGGCAAUUCCUUCAAUAGGGCGUGAGCGUUUUGGACGUACGCAUGAAGGUUUAUAAACCUCCUUGAAAUGCAUGUGGGUUAUAACUAGCCUACUGUGUGGCUUCUUCGUAGAUACAACACUGUUGCGGCAGAUUUAAGUAAGGAAAUGUGCGCUCGCGGGUCGUCAAAAAUGCCGCGAGGAAACUUGUUAGAGUUGAAAAGAAAGCCUCCUGUCAGUUGAGCGUCCAGUCCAAUCGACCGCAAGUGGUUUUCUGUGAUCUGACGGGGAGGAUAAAUGUCGACUGCUUUACUUUGUGCUGUCCACGAUGAUCGAAUUUACGUCAGCUUACUCAUCUCAAAGAAGGAGAGUAUAACUGAUGUAUCUAGACAUAUCUAGAUGUGUGAAUUUGGGUAACCGUAUAUCCACCAAGUCCAUGCCAUGUUGUAAUCAGUGCGCAUUUUGAAUGAACUGAUACUAUCUUUUCUGAGAGAUUGUCGGAGGCUAUAGGCUAAUGUUCUCAUUUUACAAUUCUUUAAGCCUAUAUCAUUCUGUCUUUUGUUGGCUAGCACGGUAGAGUAUUACUUGUAUCUCAUCAAUUGAAUUCAAAUUGAACUUGAAUCGUCCUGAAUUAUGACAUUGAGAAAAAUGUAGCCCAUUUAACUACAUGUCAUUGUUAUACUGCAUGUCGAAGACCACGAUAACCACAGCCUAUAUAAAAAAAGAUGCAUUCUGAAUAAAUUGUAUUGUGAAUAAGCUAUACUGAAUAAAACAUAGAAGCUGAUGUCGCAUACUAAUGUUCCUCAUAAAAAACUACAAGCGAACUACUUUCCCCAGAAUCCCAGCAUAGCCUUUUGCAACAAGGCAUGAUGGGACUGGAAGUUCUAUGCAUCCUGUAUCUUACUUCUCUUCGACAGAAAUACCUCGGAAAGAACAACAUUUCCCGAAAGAUUAAGCGUCUUUAACUGUAUUUUGGCCCGCCCCGUGUAAUGGAAGUAUGUGAGCGGCGAGAGGGAAUAGCCUAAAAAGCCAGAUUUAAAAAAAAAUACUUAGUGAUGCAUGACAAUUUGAAAUUUGCACACCUCUUUAGGCUACGGUUACGUGUAAUAUUUAGUUAUUUGUAGGGUGUUUCAUGCUUUGUUUUUGAGACUUGGGGUUAAACCAGGCAACACCCCGUUUCUGGCAACAGAGUGAUACUGGGUAGGCUUCGGCUGAUCACCGUCCUGCAGUAUGUUGCGUUGACCGAGAAGGGGGGCUUCGGCGCGGGUGUAGUGAAUGAGCUUCAUCGGUUGAGCCCAUAAGCGCGAUGGAGCGAGCAGGCAGCAUCCAGCUGGACAUCCCCGACUUCAGCAACUCCGUGCUGUCCCACCUCAACCAACUGCGCAUGCAGGGGCGCCUGUGCGACAUCGUGGUCAACGUGCAGGGCCAGAGCUUCCGGGCCCACAAGGUGGUCCUGGCCGCCAGCUCGCCGUACUUCCGGGACCACAUGUCGCUGAGCGAGAUGAGCACGGUGUCAAUCUCAGUGAUCCGCAACCCCUCAGUGUUCGAGCAGCUCCUGUCCUUCUGCUACACUGGGCGCCUCUGCCUGCAGCUGGCCGACAUCAUCAGCUACCUGACGGCCGCCAGCUUCCUGCAGAUGCAGCACAUCAUCGACCGCUGCACGCAGAUCCUGGAGGGCAUCCACUUCAAGAUCAGCGUGGCUGACGUGGAGGAAGAACUGGGGGGUGGCGGCGGGCAGGCGCACAGGGGCGGGGGGCGGACCUUGGAGUCAGGGAGGGGGGGCGGUGGCGGGGGGCCGCGCUCUCUCAGCCCUCGGCACAGCAGCCCGCGGGGCGUUGGUGCGCGGGGAGGGGGCGGAGAGGGCGUGAUAGAGAUCCGGGACGUCAGGGAGGUGCGGGAGGUCAGCCCCCCGGGAGAGUCCAUGAGCCCCCAGAUCGUGGAGCACAGUGGACUGGGCACGGAGGGACUGGGAGGGGUGAGCAGCGUCGGGGGCAAGGAGCCCAUACUGCGGAUAAACCGGGCAGGGCAGUGGUACGUAGAGACGGGGCUGGAGGCAGGACGCGGGGGCGAGGAGGACGUGCGGGUGGUGGACGGGCUGCGGAUUAAGACGGAGAGGCUGGAGGAGUGGAUGGGGGCGGAGACCCAGGCGUCGGGGGAGGAGGGGAGCAGUGCCGAGGAGGUGGCCGCCAUGGUGAUCGACACUACGGGACAUCGAGCGCUGCCGCAGGAAAGCUUUGCCACUGGGGCCUCUGGGGUCAAGAGCUCACAGCCCUCCAGCAGCUUCAGUGAGACAGAAAGGUUCAGUCCGACAGAUAGCGUGGUGGUGAUGGCGGACCGACAGAGAGCCAAGAGCGAGUCUCCGGGGAGAGUGGACGACCAGAGGCAUCCCACCUCACAGGGGGAGGAGCAGGCUGUUUUUGACAUGGGAGGAUACGAGGAGUACCUGCGCGAGCAGGUAGGUGAUCGCUGGUUCCGCUACAACCCCCGCCUCACCUGCAUCUACUGCUGCAAGUCCUUCAACCAGAAGGGCAGCCUCGACCGGCACAUGCGCCUGCACAUGGGCAUCACGCCCUUCGUCUGCCGCAUCUGCGGCAAGAAGUACACGCGCAAGGACCAGCUGGAGUACCACAUCCGCAAGCACACAGGGAACAAGCCAUUCCACUGCCAUGUCUGCGGCAAGAGCUUCCCCUUCCAGGCCAUCCUCAACCAGCAUUUCCGCAAGAACCACCCAGGCUGCGCCCCUCAGGAGGUCUCCCACAGUGCCUCCCCAGAGACCACCACCGUCACCUCCCGGGGUGGCCACAACGAGGACGAAUCCCCCAGUCAGGAAGAGGCAGAGGGCAGCGGAGGGGGCGGCGCCUCCUCCUUUGGAGAGCCCGUCCAGCCCUCGGUUUCAACCACCGGCCCCGAUUGAUGGAAGAGCCCGGAGGGCCGGGGUGGUGAGGUCAUGGUGGAAAGCCGGGCUCAGUUCUCUUUUCAAAUUACUCACGUGGAUGCGUCGGAUUCCAGGCUCUCCGCUCUCCCAUGGAGAAGGUCUGAAAACAGAAAGGAGAUGGGGGAGCACCAGCAAGGCUUACUCAUUUACCAUGUCCUAUCAAAAGAGGGGUGGCUUGUCAUGCUGAAAGAUGACUAACCACCCCUUUUUUUCUCAGCAGAAAAUGAAAAGGGGAGUCUGAAGGAGUUUUUUUUAAGUAGAUCUUUGUAUUCAUGCCGUUAGCUAAUGAUACUUUGCAAACAGGGCAUACACUAAGGUUACCUACAUAAUUGUAAUACUACAUACAUUUUAUAGUACAGUUACUUGUAUAUGGAGUGUCUCACUUAUACCACAUCUACCUUAACAGUGAAACUGGGCAGGAAAAUGUAACAGAAGAACAACCGCCACCCUUCAGCGACCUCACAGCCCCAGCGGGUGUGGUGCGUCUUGUCCUUACCCGUGUUAUACUUACGUUUCAGCUUUUGUACUUGUUUUAUUGACGUUACUUACAGAGACCAGGGUUAAAAAAUGCAGCAAGACACACCUUGAGAUUAUGAUUCAACAUUAUCCUCUACAGUCAAGGUGUAGUUGUGACUUUGCCAAAAGCUUCAGUGCCAGGCAACAUACCUGCAACUUUAGAAGUAAGAAUUUGUUUCAGAUGAUAUAAUAUUUCAUGUCCUCACCAUUUGCCUUGAGACAAUCUUGUUGAAUGAGGUGGGUCAUAAAUUGUCCCAUGCCUCUCUUAUUUACUAAUAUUAAUAAUAAUAACCAGUAAGAUUUGAUACCUUCUGUUGUACCCCCACCCCUGAGACUGAUCAAGAUUCAGUGUGUUGUCAGUUGGAGUAUUUAAUAAGUCCUUCUGCUUUUAAUUGUUUUUAUCUCUCAGUUUAAAUGAGCACGUAUUGCUUCAAGCAACUUGCACAAACAGUGAAAAGAAAGGCAACUGUGGACCA